GGGAGCUGUGUGCUAGGCUCAGUGUGGUUGUGACCUCCUGUCAUGUCAACAUGUACACUGCUGCUGCUGUCUCAGACGGGCUGUGGACUCUGUGAAUACCCCCAGCAGUGCAAGCCACCAGUACCAAAGGAGCUGUCUGUGAACUACCAGCCCUCUGGAGAAAACAAGUCUCUCUCUCUAUGCUUGGAAGAGUUUAAAACCUCUGAACCCUACAAACCUAUUGGAGAAGGUCAGCUCUCUGUGUACCUAAAGAAGCACUCUGGUCAAAGCAAAGCUUUUGACACAUCUGCCAAAAGCAUGCCUGCUGAACACUGUGAGGUGUCUGAACUAAUUGAAGCCAUGGAUUCAAGCGAGCCUUCUGAGCAAUCUGCUGAACCCUGCAUCAUUGUGGACGAAAUCAAAAACUCUUUGGACUAUACUGAACCCCAAAAGGUCAAUGGACAGAUUGAUCCCUCUGUGCACAGUGCCGAUCAUUACAACAUGAAUGGAGAACAUGCAGAGGAGAGCAAACCUUCUGUGCAUUAUAAUAGGCAUUAUGUGGGCUUUGAGCAAUGCAUCAAUAAGCCCUGUGAGGACUAUCCAGCUCUUCACAAGCACACUAAUCAGUGUAAGUCUUCCGAGUUAAGCAAAUCAUUUGAACAAUGUACUCAACAUUGUGAGUGCUUUGAGUUCAGCAAGUCCUCUGAGCACUGUGCUAAUGACUGUCUAGCUUCUGUAUUUAGGCAACACUGCGAACAUUGCACAGGACACUUUCAGUCAUCUGAACAAUGCAAGCCUUCUGAUCAACACUGUAUGUCCUUUGAGCCAAGCAAACCUGCUGAGAACUCUGUGUUUUUUGAGCAAUGUAAGAUAUAUGACUUCAUACCUGACAUCUCUGAAUCCACUAAAUCAAUCAGAUCAUUUGAGCACUGCACUGGUAUUUGUGAGUAUUCAGAAAAAUACAAUCAUAUUGAACACCCAACAGAAUAUAAUGAGACUACAAUGCCAUGUAAUGAGGAUUUAAAGCCCUCUGAGCCAACAGUUCAACAAAUUGAAAUCUGUGGGCUUUUUGACUCUGAGUUUUGCACAACAUUAGAACCUAUACAUUCUUCAGAUUUGAACAAGCCUUCUCAACGCUAUGCUGAACAAGUUGUUCCCAAUGAAAGUAGACAUGUCUCUAAAGUUUGUGAACCCACUGAGCAAACUCUGCUUACUGAACAAAGCAGUCAUCAAUCUGCUGAAUAUGAUAUACCCUCUGGGCACUGUGAACUGCAAAACAAUCUCUACGAGCAAAGUGAGACAAGUGUACAGUGUGAACUGUCUGAGCGAUGUAAUUCUUGUGAGAGGUGUCCCGGUCAACAUCAAAGCAUAAAUGACAAGUACUAUGAGCCUAGCAUUGCAUUAUAUUCUGAGGAAGACAAGUCUUCUGAGUGCUCAUCCAUUGAAACAAGGUAUUUUGAAUCUUGCAUAGAUGACAGUAUGAAUUCAGACCCAUUAACUGAUUCAGCUGAAUCCUAUGAAGCAUUAGUGGAAGAAGGAGCACCGGACAAAUCCAGUGAUGAUAAAGUUAAAUUCUGUUCAGAGAUAUGGGAAUCUUUUGACAAUUGUCCAGAUGCGGUAGAAUGUGAGGAAAGCAAUCCUGAUGAAGACAAACCUCACUCGGAUGCAGUCGUUGUUGAGGAAUUCUUUGACUUAUUCGAUAAAGAGGAUACUUAUACCUUUUCUCAAAGGCGACCUUAUACCUCCUGUUUUGAAGGGGGAGGGGUUCAUGAGCACAUUUCUGAACAACUUAAACCUCACGUGUCUAUUAUGAAUGAGGAAGAAACACAUAUGCCCUGUGCCAAAAAAGGGCUUGAACCACUUGCUUUAGAUGAGAAAAUCAAUGAGAAUGAAGAUUUUAGUCAAGAAGAAGUUGAUGAAUCUUAUGAAACUUGUGCUGAGGACAGACAAUUGAAUGUAGACUGUGCUGAUGAUGAGGCAUCAGCCUCUGGAUCCUUUGCAGAGGAGGAAACAUGUGAAUCUUGUUUUGAAGAAGCCUCAGCUUAUGAAGUUGACGUUUAUGAAGCUUUUGUAGCAAAAGAAAAUGCUAUUAAGGCUGAGGCCCACAAGCCCUUUGUUGAGGAAGAUGAACUUUGCAUUGCUGAAGAUAAAGCUGGUGAGGCUCAGGCCAAUGAACCCUUAGUUGAUGAGGACAACAUGUACGAACACAGUGCAGAGGAAGCUUCUCAUGGAUCCUCUGCUGAUGUGUCUUUUGUUGACGAUGAUGAAGCAUAUGAGGGCCAAAAUGAUCAGACUUAUGAACCAUGCUUUGAAAAAGAGAAAACUUGUGAUGAAGAAAACCAGAAAAUACGCAUCACAGAAGAUGAAUUAUACAAGCCAUAUGCUAGAGACAAAGCUUAUGGAUCCUAUGAACAGUGUGGUGAAGAUUGCAUCGCAUAUGGCUGUGAACAUACAACAUUUUCCACCGAAGGGGAAGCUUAUACACUCUGCACUGAGGAGAAAGCCUGUGAUGAAGAGCACCAUGAAUAUGAAAGCAAAGCCAAUGAAUCUAAUGUAAACCAAGAAGCUAACGGAUUCUGUGAUGAAGAAGACUCUCAUGAUACAUGUAAUGAAGGAAUUGAUGACAGCACUCCUGAGACAUAUUUUAAAGAUGGAGUGUGCACUGAGGAGGGAGAGCAUGAUGCUCCAUGUGCUGAGGAGAGUGAAUGUUCUGACUCAUUUGAGGUUAUAACCAAAGACACUGUAUUAUGCACUGAAGGAAGCAAACCAGCUAUGCCUGAUGGUAUUGCAUUCAAUGGAGAUCAAACUGAUUCCUCUACAACCUCUUUGAAAGAGAUAGAUGAGCAAAACAAGUCAUCUGAAUUGUGUGAGGAUCUGAACACACCAUAUCUGUCUGAGAACUGGGAGGAACACAAUGGUGUCUCAGAGCAUCUCCAACCCUCAGAGUCAGAGGACUUUUCAGAGCAGGUGUCUAAGAAAACAAGCCCCUCUUUCGAUGGUGCUGAACAUAGUAAAAACUCCAUGGUCAGCGAGCCACCUGAACAUCACGCCGAACAAACAGAGCCCGCUGAAAAAAGUGAGCUGGAUGAGAAAAUGGAGUCGCAUGAAUUCUUUAAGAUUGUGGCCUCUGAACAACCAAGUGAGGAGUCUGAGGAGGAGCUGAGUGACGAUGAGUCUGAGGAGUCCUGUGAAUGCGAGUACUGCGUUCCACCUAGAGACCAGGUAUUUUAAGGUCUUUGCACCUUUCUUCCACUGGAAUAGCUGUGACAUGCACCUCAUUUGAUUUAGAGCUUCGCUUUCAAAUGAUAUAUGAACGUUUCAGGUAUUGCAUCAAACUGAAAUUUGACAGAGAAAAUAGUCAAAUGUGUUUGUCAAUGUAUUUGGCCUAUUUUCUUUAUGUAUUGACCAUUCAGUUUUAGUUUUGGCUUUGGAUCAAAUUUGUGGCAACAGAACUGAAAUAAAGGAGGAUAUGGCUAAACAUAGGGCUCUUAUUGCUUGACACAGCGGGUGGUAAAUGUCAACCUAUAAAAUAUAUGAUCUCCUGACCUGGUUAUUUACUCUGCUGGGGAAAACAAAUUUGGAUUGCACGGUAUUAUAGGCUGCUUAUUUGGUCAUCACAUAUUCUCUAGCUAGUAUAGUCGGUUUCACAGUGUUGACUACUUGAUGAGGGAAGGGUUAGCUCAUAGUCAGCCCACAGACCCAUGAUAGUCCACAGUCACAUUGACAUUUACUUGUUCCAUCAACAGAACACCAGCUGUUUGGAAAUUGCUGUCUUAUGCCCCCCUAUGGACACACUCCUCUAUAACUAAUUUCUCUCAACCUCACAAGCAAACCUUUUAUCAGUGUGUUUUCUCACUACGAUUUCAUGAGGUAAUGUUAUUAAUCAUCAGUUUAAUUCAUGACCCACAUGCACAUUUUUGAAUGGUUUUUGCAUCAUGUCACAGUGUUGUCUUGAUUUGCUUUAGAGCACAAACAUUGCAAAAUAAUCCAAUUGCAUCUAUGAAUUUGAUGUCAUCAUUUGGCUCUUCAUUUACCUAACAUCUACCUAUUUGCGUUUAGGUCCCAGCAAAACCUCUGCUCCCUCAAAUCAAAUCAAAAGAUGCAGGGAAGAUCUGUGUGGUGAUUGAUUUGGAUGAAACAUUAGUGCACAGUUCAUUCAAG